CUUUUUACUCCAGUCACUACACUAAAAGGACGUCCAUCAUGGUCGAGAAGGUCUACGUCACAUAUAACCAGGUGCACAAGCUCUGCCAGGAGUCUGCAGACCGCAUACUCAAUGACUUCAAGCCGAACCUCAUGAUCGCCAUUGGCGGUGGAGGCUACGUUCCUGCCCGAAUCCUGCGAUCAUUCCUCAAGAAGCCCGGAGCACCAAACAUCCCUAUCCAGGCCAUUGGCCUUUCUCUCUACGAGUCCCUCGGCACCGACCCCGUCGAAAAGCCUGGCACCAAGGUUACCCGCACCCAGUGGCUCGACCUUUCCUCUCUUGAGAUGGCCAACCUGAUUGGCAAGAACGUGCUUAUCGUAGACGAGGUCGAUGACACCAGGACAACCCUCGAGUAUGCCGUGCGCGAGCUUGAGAAGGACGUCCAGGAGGCCCAGCGCAAGACCGGGCGCGAGGGCGAAAAGACGACCUUCUCUAUCUUUGUGCUGCACAACAAGGACAAGACGAAGAAGGGUGUUCUGCCUGAGGAUCUUGCAAAGAACAAGUACAUUGCUGCUAAGACUUUGAGCGAUCUUUGGAUCUGCUACCCCUGGGAGGCUACUGACAUCGAUGAGCACGAUCGUCUUUCUAAGGAGCAGGAGGGUCGAUACUGAGCGUUACGCCUCUCCCUCCCUCACGACUCACGAACAACAAGUAUUAGCAUAAUGGGACAUCUGGCACGGUUGCAUUUCUGGAUGAAUUGAUCAAGGAGUUGGCGGAUGAUUUUGGAAAAUAAAGACAAGAUUUCUUUCGAGAAAGCAAAAUACGUGAUGGGGUUGUUGAGUCACCAUACGUCGGGUUGCGAAUUAGAAUUGUCAUAGUCGGUGAAAAGGUGAAAAAAAAAGUCCACGAUCGAAAUAGUCGAUACAAGUUCAUGUUCUCAUCGUAUUGACCGUGUCUCUACCUUGCGUACUCACUUACCCGUGGCUUUUCUGGAUAUUGAUCUACUGUGACGGUACCUCUGUGUAUCAUUCUGCAGAACCCUUACCUCAUGAACAGGAGGUUGCACCCUUUUGAGACCCAAUGUGUAGCUUGCAUUGACCUGA